GGCAAAAGCGCCGGCCCGGCCCCGCUGGGCGCAGCGGGAGGGGUGGGUCCCGCGUGCGCCCGAGGACCCGGUUGGACUGCUGGGGCCGGCUCAGGAUGAGGACGCGCUGGGCGACCCUUCGCCGCGCGGCGGGGCUCCUCUUGCUACUUCUCAGGUGCUGCGGACUGGCGGAGCCCUCUGGCCGUGCAGGCAAUGAUCCAUUCACCGUUGUCAAUGAAAACAUGGGCAAGUGCAUCAAGCCACUGAAUGACUGGAUAAUAGCAACGGACUGUGAUGGAAGUAGGGACAUGUUAUGGAAGUGGGUGUCCCAGCAUCGCCUCUUUCAUUUGCAAUCCCAGAAGUGCUUGGGGCUAGAUAUUACUAAACCUACAGACUCCUUGAGAAUGUUCAGCUGUGACUCCAGUGCCAUGCUGUGGUGGAAAUGUGAGCACUACUCUUUGUACGGAGCUGCCCAGUACAGAUUGGCUCUGAAGAAUGGACAUGCUAUAGCAAGUACAAAUUCAUCUGACGUCUGGAAGAAAGGAGGCACAGAGGAAAACCUCUGUGACCAGCCUUACCAUGAGAUAUAUACCAGAGAUGGGAACUCCUAUGGAAGACCUUGUGAAUUUCCAUUCUUAGUUAAUGGGACCUGGCAUCAUGAGUGCAUUCGUGAUGAAAAUCAUGGUGGGCCAUGGUGUGCAACCACCUUAAAUUAUGAGUAUGAUCAAAAGUGGGGCAUCUGCUUAAUACCAGAAAAUGGCUGUGAAGAUAAUUGGGAAAAGAAUGAGCAGAUUGGAAGUUGCUACCAAUUUAAUACUCAGGCAUCUCUUUCUUGGAAGGAAGCUUAUGUUUCAUGUCAGAAUCAAGGAGCUAACUUACUGAGCAUCAGUGAUGCUGAUGAAUUAACUUAUCUUAAAGAAAAAGAGGGCAUUCCAAGAAUUUUCUGGAUUGGCUUAAAUCAACUAUACUCUGCUAGAGGCUGGGAAUGGUCAGACCACAAGCCGUUAAACUUUCUCAACUGGGACCCAGAUAUGCCUAGUGCACCUAUGAUAAUAGGUGGAUCAAGCUGUGCAAGAAUGGAUGCCAGGUCUGGUCUAUGGCAGAGUUUUUCCUGUGAAGUUCAACUGCCCUAUGUCUGCAAGAAACCAUUAAAUAACACAGCGGAGUUAACAGAUGUUUGGACAUAUUCAGAUACACGCUGUGAUGCAGGCUGGAUGUCAAAUAAUGGGUUUUGCUAUCUUCUGGUAAAUGAAAGUGAUUCCUGGGAUAAGGCACAUAUGAAAUGUAAAGCCUUAAGCAGUGACCUCAUCAGCAUUCAUUCUUUAGCAGAUGUGGAGGUGGUUGUCACAAAACUUCAUCAUGGGGAUGCCAAAGAAGAAAUAUGGACAGGUCUUAAGAACGAAAAUAUACCAACUUUAUUUCAGUGGUCAGAUGAUACUGAAGUUACUUUAACAUAUUGGAAUAAGAAUGAGCCAAAUGUUCCCUACAAUAAGACUCCGAACUGCGUUUCCUAUUUAGGAAAGCUAGGUCAGUGGAGAGUCCAAUCAUGUGAAGAGAAACUUAAAUAUGUAUGUAAAAAAAAGGGAGAACAAAUGAAUGAUACCACUUCUGAUAAGAUAUGCCCUCCAGAUGAGGACUGGAAAAGACAUGGAGAAACCUGUUACAAGAUUUACAAGGAUGAGGUCCCUUUUGGAACCAAGUGCAAUCUGACUAUAACUAGCAGAUUUGAGCAAGAAUACCUGAAUGAUAUGAUUAAAAAGUAUACUAACUCUCCAGGAAAAUACUUCUGGACUGGCCUGAGAGAUACAGAUUCACAUGGAGAGUAUAGCUGGACAGGUGUUGGUGGAGUAAAGCAAGCUGUAACCUUUUCCAACUGGAAUUUUCUUGAGCCAGCUUCUCCAGGUGGGUGUGUGGCUAUGGCUACUGGAAAGUCUCUUGGAAAGUGGGAGGUAAAAGACUGCAGAAAAUUCAGAGCACUUUCAAUCUGCAAGAAAAUAAGUGGGCCCAUUGAGCCUGAAGAGGUAGCUCCCAAGCCUGAAGCCCCCUGUCCUGAAGGCUGGCAUAGUUUCCCCUCCAGUAUUUCUUGUUAUAAGCUGUUUCAUAUAGAAAGAAUUGUAAGAAAAAGGAACUGGGAAGAAGCUGAGAGGUUCUGCCAAGCUCUUGGAGGACACCUUCCUAGCUUCAGUCAUAUGGAUGAAAUAAAGGAAUUUCUUCACUUUUUAAUGGACCAGUUCAGUGACCAGCGUUGGCUGUGGAUAGGUUUGAAUAAAAGGAGCCCAGAUUUACAAGGAUCCUGGGAGUGGAGUGAUCAUACACCAGUGUCUACUAUCAUCAUGGAAAAUGAGUUUCAGCAGGAUUAUGAUAUCAGAGACUGUGCUGCUGUCAAGGUCAUUCACAGGCCAGGGCGAAGAAGCUGGUAUUUCUAUGAUGACAGAGAAUUUAUUUACUUACGACCUUUUGCUUGUGAUACAAAACUUGAAUGGGUAUGCCAGAUUCCAAAAGGCUUUACUCCAAAAACACCAGACUGGUACAAUCCAGAGCGUGCUGGAAUUCAUGGACCUCCAGUUGUCAUUGAAGGGAGUGAAUAUUGGUUUGUUGCUGAUCCUCACUUAAACUAUGAAGAAGCUGUGCUGUAUUGUGCUAGCAAUCACAGCUCCCUGGCUACACUGACAUCUUUGACAGGACUAAAAGCCAUCAAAAACAAAAUAGCAAACAUAUCUGGUGAUGAACAGAAGUGGUGGGUGAGAACUGGCGAACAGCCCAUAGAUCGUCACUUUCUUAACUCACGAUAUCUAUGGCAUCACUUUCCUAUAACAUUUCGGGAGGAAUGCUUGUACAUGUCUGCCAAGACUUGGUUUAGCGACUUAAAUAAACCUGCAGACUGUAGUACCAAGUUGCCCUUCAUCUGUGAAAAAUAUAAUGUCUCUUCGUUAGAAAAAUAUAGUCCAGAUUCUGCAGCUAAAAUACAGUGCUCUGGGGAUUGGAUUGCUUUUCAGAAUAAGUGUUUUCUAAAAAUCAAACCCAAGUCUCUCACAUUUUCUCAAGCAAGUGAUACUUGUCAUACCUAUGGUGGCACCCUUCCUUCAGUGUUGAGCCAGAGAGAACAAGAUUUUAUUACAUCCUUGCUUCCGGAUAUGGAGGCUACCUUAUGGAUUGGUUUGCGCUGGACUGCCUAUGAAAGGAUAAACAAGUGGACAGAUAACAGGGAGCUGACAUACAGUAACUUUCACCCAUUGCUGUCUGGUUGGAGGCUGAAAAUACCAACAAAUAUUUUUGAGGAAGAGUCCCAAUACCACUGUGCUCUAAUGCUCAACCUCGAGAAGUCGCCUUAUACUGGGACAUGGAAUUUUACUUCCUGCAGUGAGCACCACACUCUGUCUCUCUGUCAGAGAUAUUCAGAAAUUGAAAGCAGACAGACCUUGCAGAAUACUUCAGACACUAUAAAGUAUCUAAAUAAUUUGUACAAAAUAAUCCCGAAGAGUCUGACUUGGUUUGAUGCUCUGAAGGAGUGUCAGAAAGAUAACAUGCACCUGGUGAGCAUCACAGACCCUUACCAGCAGGCGUUCCUAACUGUGCAGACGGUCCUUCAUAACUCUUCUUUAUGGAUUGGACUCUCCAGUCGAGACGAUGAACUCAACUAUGGUUGGUCAGAUGGGAAACAUCUUCAAUUUAGCCGCUGGAUUGAAAAUAAUAAUCAACUUGAAGACUGUGUAAUCUUAGACACUGAUGGUUUCUGGAAGACAUCUGACUGUGAGCAUCAGCAACCAGGUGCUAUUUGCUACUAUCCAGGAAAUGAGACUGAAAAAGAGAUCAAACCGGUUGACAGUGUUCAGUGUCCCUCUCCCGUUCUGUCAACUCCGUGGAUACCAUUUCAGAACUCUUGCUACAAUUUCAUGGUAGGAAAGACUAAAUAUCAUGCGGUAACACCAGAUGAAGUUCAUUCUAAAUGCCAGAAUCUGAAUCCAAAAUCACAUGUUCUGAGUAUUCGAGAUGAAAAAGAGAAUAACUUUGUUCUUGAGCAACUUCUGCACUUGAAUAAUAUGGCUUUAUGGGUCACAUUAGGUAUAACUUAUGAAAAUAAUUCACUUCUGUGGUCUGAUAAGACCAUGCUGUCAUACACAAAUUGGAGAGGAGGAAGACCAGAUAUAAAAAAUGGCAACUUUUUUGCUGGCUUGAGUACUGAUGGCUUCUGGGAUAUUCAAACCUUCAAUGCUAUUGAAGAAAUAUUUUACUAUAACCAGAACAGCAUUCUUGCUUGUAAAAUUGAAAUGGUUGACUACAAGGAAGAAUAUAAUGCUACUCUGCCACUGUUUAUUCCAUAUGAAGAUGGUAUUUAUAAUGUUAUUCAAAAAAAGGUAACAUGGUAUGAAGCAUUGAACAUGUGUUCUCAAAGUGGAGGUUAUCUGGCAAGUGUUCAUGACCAAAAUGGCCAGCUCUUUCUGGAAGAUAUCGUAAAACGUGAUGGAUUUCCACUAUGGGUUGGGCUCUCAAGUCACGAUGGAAGUGAAUCAAGUUUUGAAUGGUCUGAUGGCAGUACAUUUGACUACAUCCCAUGGAAAGAUAAAAAAUCUGCUGGAAAUUGUGUUGUCUUGGAUCCAAAAGGAAUUUGGACACAUGAAAAAUGCAAGUCUGUUAGGGAUGGUGCUAUUUGUUAUAAACCUACAAAAUCUAAAGAGGUGUCUUCUCAUACAUACUCAUCAAGAUGUCCAGCAGUGAAAGGGAACGAAUCACAGUGGAUCCAGUACAGGGACCACUGUUACGCGUCCAACCAGGCAUUGCACAGUUUCUUGGAAGCUGAACAGUUUUGUUCAAAACUUGAUCAUUCUGCAACUAUUGUUACCAUAGAGGAUGAAGAUGAGAAUAAAUUUGUGAGCAGACUGAUGAGGGAAAAUAAUAAUAUUACCAUGAGAGUUUGGCUCGGAUUAUCUCAACAUUCUACUGAUCAGUCUUGGAAUUGGUUGGAUGGAUCAAAAGUGACAUUUGUCAAAUGGGCAAAUAAAAUUAAGAGUGGUGAUGGAAAAUGUAGCAUUUUGUUAGCUUCAAAUGAAACUUGGAUAAAAGUUGAAUGUUCACAUGGCUAUGGAAGGGUUGUCUGCAAAGCUCCUCUGGACUGUCCUUCAUCUACCUGGGUUCAGUUCCAAGACAGUUGUUACAUUUUUCUUCAAGAAGCCAUCAAAGUAGAAAGCAUAGAGGACGUCAGAAAUCAGUGUACUGAUCAUGGAGCAGACAUGGUAAGCAUACAUAAUGAAGAAGAAAAUGCUUUUAUACUGGAGACUUUGAAAAAGCAAUGGAAAGGCCCAGAUGAUAUCCUACUAGGCAUGUUUUUUGACACAGAUGAUGCAAGUUUCAAGUGGUUUGAUAAGUCAAAUAUGACAUUUGAUAAAUGGACAGACCAAGAAGAUGGUGAGGAUCUAGUUGACACCUGUGCCUUUUUGCACACCAAGACAGGUGAAUGGAAAAAAGGAAAUUGUGAAAUUUCUUCUGUGGAAGGAACCCUUUGUAAAGCAGCUAUCCCAUAUGAAAAGAAAUAUUUAUCAGAUAACCACAUUUUAAUAUCAGCUUUGGUGAUUGCUAGCACAGUAAUUUUGACAGUUUUGGGAGCAAUCGUUUGGUUCCUGUACAAAAGAAAUUUGGAUUCUGGUUUCACCACAGUUUUUUCAACUGCACCCCAAUCACCUUAUAACGACGACUGUGUUUUGGUUGUUGCAGAAGAAAAUGAGUAUGCUGUUCAAUUUGACUAAGAUCUUGGAAAUUUCAGAUUAAGACAUCAAAUGUUGACAGCGAUUUCCUGUACAGGAUUUUAAUGUAAAAUUUGAUGAAAAUCAGUUUUCAUGGUAUAUUUCCUUAUUCCAGUAACAUUCAUUAUUCUCGUAAUCGUGACAAAAACUGAUCUUUAGGUUCAUCAUAAGAAGUUUUUAAAAAGGAAUGAUCAUAAAUACAAUUUGGUAGUUUUAACCACCUCCCUAAAUGUACCUUUCACUUUAAAAAGUUUAAAUAAAGCCCAAAGUAGUAAAGUAGAUAAAAAUAAAAACCCAGUCUACUGCUCUAUCUUCCUUCCCAUUUGGUUGAACCACCUUAGGUUAGAAUUGGGAAAAAAACAAAAACAAAAAUAACUCUUACCUACCACUGUAGUUUUAGCAAUCACCAGGUCUUAACCAAUUUCUAGGUCUUGCUCUUUUAUUAACAAACAUGAGAAAGCAUACCUUUAAAAAGAUCCUAUACAUUAAGACGUCACACAUUACAAUUUACUGUGGCAGACAAUUCCCCUAAUAUUUUUAUCUUCCCUUUUGAGUUAGAUGUAGAAAAUUUUUUAGAUUUUAACCACCCCAUAUUCCACAUUUUAAAAUUUCAUUACUUUUAGAACAUCACUUUGGACAAGAAAUCUUAUUUUGUACUAAUAACAAAUGGUUAGAAUGUCAAUGAAAUUUUAUAAAGUUUUUGAAGCAAGAAGGAUUACAGCCAUACCAGGAAGGUGUGGAAGUGGAUGGCAGUGAGGAUAAUGCUUUGAUCACAGAGCCCCUUUAUUUAAGAAUAUUUCUUCUCUACCUCCAGAUCUGUUCCUAUAUAAGGUAUGUCAAUGCUCCCUGAACACUGAUGAACUAUCAUUCAAGGACAUGAAAACUAGGUUAGCAAAAACUGCAGAAAAACACUACAUACUACUGUAGUUGUGAUGUUCAAAGUUCUCAGUACAUGUUCUGAACAUCUUAAGACAAAGGUGAGAAGAAUCUUUCUGGGGGUAAAAAAUGAAAACGAGAGCUGAAUCAAGAGUGACUUUCCUUAGCAUUCUUUAUAGCUUAAAAACACUAGAAAAGAUAAAUAUAUGGAGUUCACAUAAAAUUAUAUUUACUGUAUUUAGAAACCCUGAAAGCUCAAAGUAGUAGUCUCUCUCCCUAACCAAUGUCUCAUCAAUUAUGGGAAAAACUUUUCUUAUGGGGAGAUACACUAUCUCAAGCUUGACCAAUGGCAACAAAGUCCCAGCUUACACGAUGUGUCCACUGGCAUUACGAAUAACCUCCUUCAUCACAAUUAAUGGCACUGUUGUUUAAUGACAUAGGAAAAACUACAAAGUGCUGACAAGACUAUAUGGUAUGGCUGUGUGGUACUAAAAGAACAGAUGUUACACUAGCCUUAUUACACAAAACAACUACACUCUGUAAGAGCUUUACAUUUCUAAGUUUUUGGAUACUAUUUUAUUCCUGGUAAGUUAUUAAUAGUGAACAGAUUGGAAUUCCUUCCUUUUUCUAUUCAAAUUCUACCAGUCAUUUAAAAACUAAGAUCUUAACUCUUCCUUAAAACUUUCUCUAAUAGUCACAGAUUUCUACAGUAUCCAAUAUGGUAGCCACAAGCUACAUGUGGCUAUUUAUGUUAAAAUUAAAUAUAAAGUUCAGUUUCUCAGUUGCACCAGCCACACUUCAAAUGCUCAAACAAAUGUAGCAGCUACCGUAAUAGGCAAUACAAAUUACAGAGCAUUUCCAUUUCCAUCAUCAUGAAGUUUUACUGGACAGUGCUGCUCUAGAAUCUCCCCUUCCACUUAACUCCCAUACAACUAAUUUUCUUGUUCAUUUUGAUCACUUCUACCCAAUGGCAGCUCUUACAAAACGGCUACAUUAAACUGAUUUAAUUUUCCAUAUUUGAUUGCACUUUUCAAGUAAGUCCUUAGAGGUCCCUGGUUAGUGAAGUGUUAAAUCUUAAUUUUCUUCAUACAUCAGAACAUCUGUAACAGCGCCUUUGCAUCUAUUCAGUGGUCAACAGCAAACUGGGUCAUUCAAGUCUGUAUGUAUAUUUUUAAUAUUAUCAACAUAACCAUGCUUAUUUAUAUUCAAAAUGUAUAAAUUGCUUUCUUCAACAUCUUGGUUUUGGUUAAUAAGGACAGUAUAAAUUCUUAUGUUUGGCAGGUAUCUAGAGAGAAUAACAUUAAACUGCAUUUUCCUAGGAAUUUGCAUUCUCUGUAGUGAGUGCUCUAUGGUCUAUUUCUGUUUAUAUGGUUUUAAAAGUAAUUCACACGUACAGGGUAUCAGAAGUUUAUGCAAUAUUGAAAUAUGAAAUAGUAAGCGGUACUACGGAACUGAAAGUAUACUAUAAAGCUCAAGCCACUGUAUCUCUGGCAUUAAGCAUUUAAUAUGACAAUAAACUGCAUACCAAUGGAA